UGCCCAGAACCGCUGCUCUCGGGCUCCGCCGUCGCCGCCUGUCGCUGCUUGCUGAUUUAAUUCUGUGCUCGGUUUUCGAAGCAGGCGUUGAACCGAUGCAGUGGCAGUAACCUGUGCUGGUGGAAGCUUGGGCUUGCAGAGUCUAACGGCCAGAGUCUGCUACUCACAUCAGCACCGGCGCUCCUACCGUUUCCUGACUGUUGGUCACAUCUUCCAUCUAAAUACUAAACAUACAUAGCUCUAUGUAGAUACGUGUGUAAACGCAUGCAUAUGCAUACGUACAUCCACCUACCUACAGGAGGAAGAAUGUUACUUGUCCUCCAGCUGACCAGCUGAAGCCUUACAACAUGAGAUUUCAUUUUGCCCAUUGUGUAAAUGGGAGCUGCACUCUGGCAAGAUGCUCUCUGUCUGGUGUGGCUGGGAGCCAGGGACUGGCUUACACGAACAGCAGGAAGCUUGUAGUAAAUAGCUCCAGUGUCUUCACUGUCCGUUACUUCAGAACCACUGCAGUACAUAGGGAUGAUGUGGUUACAGUGAACACACCAGCCUUUGCAGAGUCAGUCACAGAAGGAGAUGUCAGGUGGGAGAAAGCUGUUGGAGACACAGUGGCAGAAGAUGAAGUGGUAUGUGAAAUUGAAACAGACAAGACAUCAGUGCAAGUUCCAGCUCCAGCAGCUGGUGUGAUUGAAGCCCUUCUGGUACCUGAUGGUGGCAAAGUGGAAGGGGGGACACCUCUGUUCAAACUCAGGAAAACUGGAGCUGCUCCUGCCAAGGCCAAACCAGCAGCAGCCCCUCCUCCUCCUGCAGCCCCUGAACCUGUAGCUACAGCUGCUCCUCCUCCUGCUGCAGCACCAGUUCCCACUACAAUGCCACCAGUGCCGCCUACACCAGCUCAGCCCAUCGACAGCAAACCAGUGUCUGCGGUGAAGCCGGCUGCCCCUGCGGCAGCCCCUUCUGGGGAGGCAGCGCCCAGCAAAGGUGCCAGAUCAGAGCAUAGGGUGAAAAUGAACAGGAUGCGCCAGCGUAUCGCUCAGCGGCUGAAGGAGGCUCAGAAUACUUGUGCCAUGCUGACCACUUUCAAUGAGAUUGAUAUGAGCAACAUCCGGGAGAUGAGAGCUAUACACAGGGAUCCCUUCCUGAAAAAGCACAACCUGAAGCUAGGUUUCAUGUCAGCUUUUGUGAAAGCUGCAGCUUUUGCUCUGCAGGACCAGCCCAUUGUGAAUGCAGUGAUUGAUGACACAACCAAAGAGAUUGUGUACAGGGACUAUGUGGACAUUAGUGUUGCUGUAGCAACUCCCCGGGGUCUUGUGGUCCCUGUUGUUAGGAAUGUAGAAAACAUGAACUAUGCUGACAUUGAGCGUGCCAUCUACGAGCUGGGGGAGAAGGCACGGAAGAACGAACUGGCCAUUGAAGACAUGGAUGGUGGCACUUUCACAAUCAGCAACGGAGGGGUUUUUGGGUCACUCUUUGGGACACCUAUCAUUAACCCACCCCAGUCUGCCAUAUUAGGCAUGCAUGCCAUCUUUGACAGGCCUGUGGCUGUGGGAGGCAAGAUCGAGGUGCGGCCCAUGAUGUACGUGGCGCUGACGUAUGAUCACCGGCUCAUUGAUGGCAGAGAGGCAGUGACUUUCCUGCGCAAGAUCAAGGCAGCGGUGGAGGAUCCCCGCGUGCUGCUGCUCGACCUGUAGAGCAGCCUCACCCCCACGCAACUCACCCAGGGCAGGGCCGCAGCACCAGCAGGGCCAAUGCAGGGCAUUCAGGAACUGGCAGGGGUCAUUCCAGUCUCCCUCCCUCCGCUGUGAUUGGAGCUGCCCCAGAGGGAAUUGUGGGGAUAGCUCCUACCUCCUUUCCUAUUUUGUUUAGCAAAGGUUCAUUUUCUCAUGAGGGUUGCUAUGCAGUGGGCCGACCGCUGUUUGGCACUGCCUUUCCAGAGCUGUCUGUGUGGCUUCCUCUCCCUCACAGCACCAAACUCUCACCUCUGGCUUGUCCUGUACCACUGGAAACUGCUUGCUGCUGCUGUGCUAGGGUACCCUUCCCUGCCACCCCAACGUGGGUUCAGCUGUAUUUCCUAGCACUGAGGUUCCUGGGGGGGAGAGGAGAGGAAAGGCUGAUCUUAUGUCCCUGUUUUGCUUUAAAAUAUUUCACACUCAUCUGUCUUGCAAGGGCAGUCUGGGGACCUGCAGGCUGCUGCUUGCAGCAGAGAGUUUGAUCAGAGCUGGGCUUGAGGUAGGUGUCUUGCCUCUGGCAGUGCCCUCUGCAGACAGGCACGCAGUGGUGGCAGCUCCCGUUUUCCCUUGGAGAUUGAUUGUCUCUCUCCAGCCCAGUCACUGUGGCGUGAAUGUUCAUGUCCAGGUGGGCAGAGCCCAUGACCUCUGUGGAGGUAGCACUGUUCCCUGCGGGGGGACAACACUU